AUGCAAGUUCCUUUGAUAGACAGGAUCAACGAUCUUCAAGUGGGUUUAAAUUCUCUGCAAACCCCAUCUUUUUCUUCUCAGAUCACAACUUCCCUCGCUUCCGUUUCCAUAGCAUACAAUUUCUGCAAAUGGGGCGCAGUGAUUCUUGCCCUAGUCGCUACCUUCGGCAGCAUAAUCAACAGAAUCACCAUUUUCAUCAUUCGCUUCCGCACCAAAGCCCCUUCUCUUCCCUCAAUCGAAGAAUACGACGACGUUUACUCCUCCACUGACGACGACGACGACUAUGAAAACGACGACGAUUUAACCUACUCGUCGUCAGAGUACGAAGACGAACCCUCCGCGUCUUCCAGCUUCAUUCGUUUGGAAGACUAUUUCCGAGUCAGAGGUACCGACGAUAACGACGAUAACCAAAACGACGAGUUCCAGACCCAAAACGGCACGCACAAACGACGUGGUAGCAUCGGAGAUAUAUUUUCCCUCUCAGAACUCGCCAACAGCAAGAGCGUCGUGAAGCUCUGGGACAGCAUAGGCUUCGGGCUGGGAUUAGAUUUCGAUGAUUACGAGGAUGGCGUCGUUUCGACUUACGACCCCGCGAGCUCCACGGCGUCACCCGCGGUGAUGGUCUCGGCCGGGGAGGGCGCGUGCGGGAAUCUGGCGGUGGAAAUUUGGGACACGCGCCUGCGGCGUCGGAAGCCGACGGUGGUGGCGGAGUGGGGGCCCACCGUGGGAAAGACCCUGCGCGUGGAAUCUGGCGGCGUGCAGAAGGUUUAUGUAAGAGAUGACGGACGUAACGGCGUGACGGUGGGGGACAUGAGAAAUGUCAGCACGCCGUUAGGCAACGUGACGGAGUCUGACGCGGAUACUUGGUGGGAUGCGGACGCAAUUGUUGUUUCGGACGAACAGCAAUCAAUGUGCAACAACCAACUUGAAUAA